GGGAGGCAAGGGUGGUUGGUGUCAACACGGGGCGAAGAGGGCCCCGGAGCCACUACCCUCUGCACCGCCCCCCGUCGCCCUCUGCCAGGUCUGCUCAGCUUUGGAGAGGAGCUACAGAACAGCCUCACUGUAUAAGGCAUGGGAUCAGAGAACAGUGCUUUAAAAAGUUAUACACUGAAAGAACCACCAUUCACCUUACCUUCUGGAGUUGCGGUUUAUCCAGCUGUCCUGCAAGAUGGCAAAUUUGCUUCAGUGUUUGUGUAUAAGAGAGAAAAUGAAGACAAAGUUAAUAAAGCAGCCAAGCACUUGAAGACACUUCGCCACCCUUGCUUGCUAAGAUUUUUAUCUUGUACUGUGGAAGCAGAUGGCAUUCAUCUUGUCACUGAGCGAGUGCAACCUCUGGAAGUAGUUUUGAAAACAUUGUCUGCUGCAGAGAUCUCUGCUGGGAUCUAUGACGUAUUGCUGGCUCUUAUCUUCCUUCAUGACAGAGGAAGGCUGACACACAACAAUGUGUGCUUGUCGUCUGUGUUUGUGAGUGAGGACGGGCAUUGGAGGCUGGGCGGCAUGGAAACAGUGUGUAAAGCUCCUGAGGCCACACCAGAGUUUCUGAGGAGUAUUCAGUCAGUAAGAGACCCGGCAUCCAUUCCUCCUGAAGAGAUGUCUCCAGAAUUCACAGCUCUGCCAGAGUCCCAUGGACAUGCCCGGGAUGCCUAUUCCUUUGGAACAUUGGUGGAAAGUUUGCUCACAGUCUUAAGUGAUCAGGUUUCAGCGGAUGUUCUCUCCAGCUUUCAACAGACUUUGCACUCAACUUUGCUCAAUCCCAUUCCACACUGUCGGCCAGCGCUCUGCACCUUACUGUCCCAUGACUUCUUCAGAAAUGAUUUUCUAGAAAUUGUGAAUUUCUUGAAAAGUUUAACAUUGAAGAGCGAAGAGGAAAAAACGGAAUUUUUCAAAUUUUUGCUGGACCGAGUCAGCUGCUUGUCAGAGGAAUUAAUAGCCUCCAGGUUGGUGCCUCUUCUGCUUAAUCAGCUGGUGUUUGCUGAACCAGUAGCAGUUAAGAGUUUUCUUCCUCAUCUCCUUGGCCCCAAAAAAGAAAAUGUGCAGGGAGAAACCCCCUGCUUGCUGUCAUUGGCCCUGUUCCAGUCCCGGGUGAUCCCCGUGCUCCUGCAGCUCUUCGAGGUUCACGAGGAGCACGUACGCAUGGUGCUGCUGUCUCACAUUGAGGCAUAUGUGGAGCACUUCUCCCAGGAGCAGCUCAAGAAAGUCAUCUUGCCGCAGGUAUUACUGGGCCUGCGGGACACCAGCGAUUCUAUCGUGGCCAUCACACUCCAUAGCCUGGCAGUGCUGGUCUCUCUGCUGGGACCAGAGGUAGUUGUGGGAGGAGAGAGAACCAAGAUCUUCAAACGUACUGCUCCAAACUUCACUAAAACUACUGACCUUUCCCCAGAAGAUUCUCCCAUGCACGUCGUCUGCAGCCAGCACAGUCAGAUCUCGCCUGUCCUGGAGAACCCCUCUAGCAUAUUCCCUAAGUGCUUCUUUUUUGGCAACAUGCCCAUCAGCACCAAGAAGCACAUACAGCGAGAUUACUACAAUACUCUUUUACAGAAAGGUGACCUGUUUUCUCAGCCUAUUAAAUUUGCUAUGAAUGGAAUCUCAGAUGUAAAAAAUACUUCUGUGGACCCUGAAAGCUUCCCAUCAAGUUCUAAAAAGUCUGAAGAGUGGCCUGAUUGGAAUGAGCCUGAAGAGUCUGAAAACCAAACUGUCAGCAUGCAGAUCUGGCCUAAAGAGCCCUGUGAAGCUGCCGAGCCCCCCUCCACAGCUAAAGAAGAAUCCUGGCAUGACUUUGUGCCCAGCACCUCAGAUACGAAUGUAAACCCCGGAGGUGGAAUUGCUGUCAAGAGACUUGCUACCUCAGAGGAACAAGAGCCUGUCCCUUCUUUGCUUCCACUCACUGAAGAGUCAAGGCCCAUGAAGCCAAGCCUGUCCCCAAAGACCAGCCUUGUACAAAUCAGGGAUGAUCCAAACCUCAUCAAGCCACCACAAGUGUCAUCACAAGAAAGGCCGGUUAAGGUUCCAUCAGAAUUUGGGUUAGGAGAGGAGUUUACCAUUCAGGUGAAAAAGAAGCCAGUACAAGACCCUGAGUUAGACUGGUUUGCUGAUAUGAUCCCAGAAAUUAAACCUUCAGCUACUUUUCUUAUCUUACCUGAACUGAGGACAGAAAUGAUGGUUUCCAAUAAGGAUGGUCUCUCACCAGUCAUGCAGUUUUCAUCAAAGUUUGCUGCAGCAGAAAUUACUGAGGGAGAGACUGACGGCUGGGGCGAAGAAGGGGAACUGAACUGGGAAGAUAGUAACUUGUGA